AUGUCCGCCUCCGCCUACUUUGGCCACAUGCACUCCCACUCCGACGAGCUCACCGCGGCAGGCAAACCCCUUGGAGAAGGGGAGCUCAUCUCUUUCAUCAUUGCCGGGCUUGACAUGGAUUAUCAACCCAUCAUCUCUGCUCUAGACGUCCGCACCGAGCCCAUCACCGUUGACGGCCUCUUCUCCCUCGUGGCGAACUUCGAUCAGCGCAUGGAGAUGUUCCAUGGCGCUGGCAAUGGUGGCUUCAAGUCCUCCGCAAACAUCGCCUCGCGGGGCCGUUCUGGUGGCGGCAACGGUGGCUAUCGCAAAGGCGGGGGUGGUGGUCCUCGUGGCGCUAAUAGCGGCGGCGGCGGCUACAACGCUGCUGCUGGUGGAUCCAGCGGUGGCGCUUCUGGUGGCUACCACAUGGCGGGCGGAGGCGGCGGCUUCCCUAACCCUAACUCUGGCGGCGGCUAUGGCUUCCACCAGAACAGCGAGGGUAACCAGAACUCCUCUGGUGGUGGCGGCUACAAUCUCGGCACUCCGGCAACAACAAUCGGCGCCCCUUUCAAGGACUGUGAUUGGCGCUACGCCGAUGACAAAAAUUCCCAGAAAAAGAAAGUUGCAGCUGCAACUGACGUGUCUUAUGGCGUUGAUACCGACUGGUACAUGGACACGGGUGCCACCAACCACAUCACAGGCGAGUUGGACAGGCUAACUAUGCAUGAGAAAUAUCGUGGCCAUGAUCAAGUCUACACUGCAGCAAACGGUGCAGAGUUUCACCCAUUCUUCUUUUUGAUCAAGGAUCAGGUCACGAAGAAAGUUCUCCAUAGGGGUGUCUGUGUUCAAGGCCUCUAUGCUUUGCUUCCCAAGUAUUGCCAGUACAAUAAACAAGUGUAUGGUGCCAUCAAGCUUUCUACUGAAAGCAGAAAACGGCACAGAAAAUACUGUAUCAGCAGCAUUAGAAGAGGAAACAAGCAAUCCAAGGGAAUCCUCAUCAGGAUCAGUGCCCCUGACUUCGUCAGGCCCGACCGCAUCUUCCCAGGGAUCGCUGCUGGGCUCGGGCAGGCCGCCGAGCCAGCCCCACCCCGCCACGUUGCACCUUCCCACCGAACCGGCUCCCCAGGCGAGGCGCGCCAAUCAGCUGCAGGGGGCAGCCCGACCAGGAGGCACGCGCCGGUUUCCCCAGGCGAGCCGCGCCAAUCAGCUGCAGGGGGCAGCCCGACCAGGCGGUAUGCGCCGAUCCCGCAGGUCUAUUCCAGGCGGGCCCCCGCAGCUGCAACGGAUGGCCGCGGUGCUGAUCUCGUGGCCGAUCCGCCUGGAUCUUCUACGGCCGCCCCUGAUGACCCUUCUACGACCGCUGCCACAGAAGAUCCCGCCCUGCCAAAGCAGAUCUGCAUCCUCGGGAUCGCGAGGAUCUCGCCCGUCGCUGUCUGCGUCUUUGCCAGGAUUGUCUGCGGCUCCUUCGCUGCAGCCUCAGGUUGGAGCCUUCGUCAGCUAGAUGUACAGAACGCGUUUCUUCAUGGUGUUCUGGAAGAGGAAGUUUACAUGAAACAGCCUCCUGGGUAUGAAGAUAAACACAAACCCUUUCACAUUUGCCAGCUUGAUAAGUCCCUCUAUGGUCUCAAGCAAGCCCCUAAAGCAUGGUAUUUACGCCUGAGUUCCAAACUGCAAGCACUUGGCUUUAUUCCUUCCAAGUCAGAUACAUCACUGUUUAUUUACAAAAAGUCACACACUACCAUUUUUGUGCUGAUUUAUGUCGAUGAUAUUAUUGUCACCAGUUCCUCUGAUAAGGUUGUCACAGCUUUGUUGCAAGAUUUGCACUCAGAUUUUGCUCUUAAGGAUCUGGGAGAUCUUCACUUUUUUCUUGGUAUUGAGGUGAAGCGGAACAGUGAAGAUGGUCUUCAUCUUUCUCAGGAAAAAUAUGCGACUGAUCUUUUGAGCAAGGCUGGGAUGCGAGACUGUAAACCAUCCCCAACUCCACUUUCCAGUGCAGAAAGAUUAUCUCUUGCAGAAGGUGUACUCUUGAAUCAAGAGGAUGGCACCAAGUACAGAAGUUUGGUUGGAGCACUUCAGUACUUAACACUUACACGGCCUGACAUUUCUUUUGCAGUUAAUAAAGUAUGUCAGUUUCUGCAUGCACCUAGCUCAGCUCAUUGGACUGCUGCUAAGCGGAUUAUGCGAUAUGUAAAGAGUACCUUGAGUGUUGAACUCACUUUCAGCAAGUCAUCCUCUACUCUUGUUAGUGCUUUUUCUGAUUCUGACUGGGCAGGAUGUUUGGAUGACAGGCGGUCCACUGGUGGUUUUGCAGUUUUCUUUGGACCUAAUCUUAUUUCUUGGUGUGCCAAGAAGCAAGCAACAGUGUCACGAUCUAGUACUGAGGCAGAGUAUAAAGCACUAGCCAAUGCAACAGCUGAGAUCAUCUGGGUUAAGGCCAUGCUCAAGGAACAUGGAAUACAUGCUCAAACACCAUGCCUUUGGUGUGAUAAUCUUAAUGCCACAUAUUUUUCUGCUAAUCCUGUGUUUAAUGCAAGGACAAAACACAUUGAUAUUGACUAUCACUUUGUGAGACAAAGAGUUGCAAGCAAGGAGUUGGAAAUUUGA